AUGGCGGGUGCACACUCUUCUCAUCACAGACCGCCCACCGCAACCACCUCCUCCUCCCGUCUCCUCCUUCUCCUCACCGUCCUCCCCCUCACCCUCGCCGCCUUCGCCUUCAUCCUCCAAUGGCGCGGCGGCGUCACCGACCCUGUCUCCCGAUGGUCGCCCGAUCAACACGUGUUCCCCGGUAUGUCAGUCUCCAGCCACCAACAACAAUCGCAAACUCGUUCACGUUCCGAUUGUUCUAACCUUUUCCCCGAUUCUCAUUCCCCUUCUUUCCCUUACUUCCGUGAUUGGAAAAUCGAUUACUCCGUCGAUCUUUCCCCUAAGAUAUGUAUUACAACGAGUACUUCUGCUGAUUUGGAACAAACAUUGCCAUGGAUCUUUUAUCAUAAAGUUAUGGGAGUUUCGAGUUUUUUCCUUUUCGUUGAAGGGAAAGCUGCGUCGCCUAAUGUAUCUCGAGUUUUAGAAAGCAUUCCGGGGGUCAAAGUUAUAUAUAGAACAAGAGAAUUAGAGGAGCAACAAGCUAAAAGCCGUAUAUGGAAUGAAACUUGGUUGGCAAGCUUCUUCUACAAACCAUGUAACUAUGAGUUGUUUGUGAAGCAAUCUUUGAACAUGGAAAUGGCGAUUGUCAUGGCAAGGGAUUCCGGCAUGGAUUGGAUCAUCCAUCUAGAUACUGAUGAACUGAUACAUCCAGCAGGAACUCAGGAAUACUCAAUGAGACAAUUGCUAUCUGAUGUGCCUGGGGAUGUUGAUAUGGUUGUUUUUCCAAAUUAUGAAAGCAGUGUUGAGCAAGACGAUAUCAAGGAGCCUUUCAGUGAGGUUUCAAUGUUCAAGAAGAACUAUGAUCACCUUCCAAAGGAUGUCUAUUUUGGAAAUUACAAAGAAGCAACUCGUGGCAAUCCAAACUACUUUCUAACUUAUGGAAAUGGGAAAGCAGCUGCGAGGGUUCAGGAUCAUCUCCGUCCUAAUGGUGCACAUAGAUGGCACAACUAUAUGAAGACUCCUAAUGAGAUCAAGUUGGAAGAAGCUGCUGUUCUGCAUUACACUUACACCAAAUUUUCUGAUUUGACUUCAAGACGUGAUCGGUGUGGCUGCAAGCCUACAAAAGAUGAUGUAAAAAGAUGUUUCAUGUUAGACUUUGACAGAGCUGCGUUCAUAAUUGCUUCAACUGCUACUGAGGAAGAAAUGCUUCAAUGGUACCGUGAACACAUUGUGUGGACUGACAAAGCACUAAAGAUGAAACUUAUUAAAAAAGGCAUCUUAUCUCGCAUUUAUGCUCCCAUGGUCAUUAUUCAAAGUUUGAGAGAAUCUGGUGUUUUUAGCUCUGUGAUUGCGAAAGCUGCUCAGACAACAAUAUCAAAAGACAAAUUUUUAAAAUCUGUUGAGAGUAGCAAUUCAACUAGGAAUGACAGAUCAGAAAAGAUAUCUUCAAGAAAAAUUGAUGCUGGUGGAGUAUCCCAAGCAAUUGCAAGAAGAAUCUUGGAGGUUAUAGAUGAUUCAAUUCCCUCUGCAAUUCCACCAUUAUCUCCACCCAGCCAUGACGAUGCUGACUUCCUUACGUCCUAG